GGUUCAAAUCUGGCCAUUGUUCUUUUCCAUAGUUUCCCUUCACCCAAAAACAAAACAGUCUUUAGCAAAAAAAAAAAAAAACAGUGAGAUCUGCUACGAGCUGAUUCGAAAAUGGAGUAUCGCAAAAUCAAAGAUGAGGAUAAUGAUGGAGGAACAGUAAGUAAUGACAUUGAGAAUCUACGAGGCAUAGGGUUUUCGGGGGUUGCUUCUGUAAGUAAUGUUCCUCCAAGGGAACAGGCCAAGUGGAAACGCAAGACAGUUGUUACAGUUGCAUUGACUUUUCUUACAAGUUCACAAGCAAUACUUAUUGUCUGGUCAAAGAGAGCUGGGAAGUACGAGUACAGUGUUACCACAGCCAACUUUUUGGUGGAGACUUUGAAAUGUGCUUUGUCACUUGCAGCCCUGGCAAGAAUAUGGAAAAGUGAAGGUGUUACAGAAGAUAACAGGUUGAGUACAACCCUUGAUGAAGUUAUUGUUUAUCCCAUUCCUGCUUUACUUUAUCUUGUCAAGAAUUUGCUGCAGUAUUAUAUCUUUGCCUAUGUUGAUGCACCGGGUUAUCAGAUACUAAAGAACCUGAAUAUUAUCAGUACUGGUGUUUUGUAUCGUAUCAUCCUUAAGAAAAAGUUAAGUGAUAUUCAAUGGGCAGCUUUUAUUCUUCUAUGUGCUGGCUGCACCACAGCACAACUGAAUUCUCGUUCUGAUCAUGUACUUCAAACAUCUCUGCCAGGUUGGAUAAUGGCAAUUGUGAUGGCCCUUUUGAGUGGAUUUGCUGGAGUGUACACCGAGGCUAUAAUUAAGAAGCGCCCAUCAAGGAAUAUAAAUGUGCAGAAUUUCUGGUUGUAUAUUUUCGGAAUGGCCUUCAAUGCUAUAGCAAUACUGAUACAAGAUUUUGAUGCUGUCAUGAACAAGGGCUUCUUCCAUGGAUACUCGAUAAUUACCACUCUCAUGAUCCUUAAUCAUGCACUAAGUGGAAUUGCUGUAUCAAUGGUAAUGAAAUUUGCAGACAAUAUUGUGAAGGUCUAUUCUACUUCAGUGGCAAUGCUUCUCACUGCCGUUGUUUCAGUGCUUCUGUUCGGCUUCAAUCUUACCCUUGCUUUCUUCCUCGGUGCUACUGUUGUAUCGGUAUCAGUAUACUUGCACUCUGCCGGGAAGCUGCAAAGAUAGUGACUUCCUGCGCUAUGUUGGGCUGACAUUGUAAAGUCUUGUGCACUGAGGUUAUUUCAUUUCAUAUUUGUUCCCACUUCUUCAAUCACUAUGCUACUUGGACUCGAGUGUGAAUGCUGGAUAUAGAUAUGUGCUUAACAUGGGUCGGGUGCAGUUACUUCAAGCAAGAAUCCGAGCAACAUAGUUAUAUUAUUACCUUAUAAUCUCAUAGCCAAAGUGGAAAUAGUCAUAGAUAAGUUUUGUUGAAAUUAUGGUUCAUUUAGUUCAACAUUGUUAAAGGUGGUAAGUACCCAGAUUUUCUAUUCAUUGUUUAACCUUUAUUUAUUUUUCAGCAGUUACAUAGUUGAGGGGUUUAAGCUGGUGUUUAGAACUUUUAUAAUUAUUUGUAAAAUUAAUGAUCUUUAGUCAUUUAUAUUAAUAUAAAUUAUUGACAUAUUAAAGAUAUUUUAAA